AUGUCUUGUUCACAGUCUGCUACAAAGACAGGAUUGCCCAGAGAGGUCGUUAAAUGGCUACAAAGCCUCGACUUGACGUUUUAUCCGAAGAAUGUGCGCAGAGAUUUUUCCAACGGUUACCUUGUUGCAGAGAUAUUGUCUCAUUAUUACUCCAAAGACUUUCCAAUGCAUUCAUAUGACAAAGGAACAUCACUUUCUGCUAAACAGAGGAACUGGAGUCAAAUAGAGAGGUCGUUACAGAAGCAGAAUCUGCAUUUGAUGAAAGAGGUUGUUGAUGGAGCAAUCCACUGUAAACCAGGAGCAGCUGAACUGUUGGUGCAGGAGCUUUAUACUAUUUUAACAAACCGAAGCAUCAGAGAUGUUCAAGGCCCAGUGUCAGACUUCACUGACCGAGAGUACCAGGAGCUUCUGCCCACAGUGGCCCGCUCCACGGCCUCCAGGGCCAUCAAGAACAACCUGAGGAUAACAGAGAUCAUGGCUGAGCCCGACAUCAGCACAAACCAGAGGAAGGCACAAAUGAUCCUCCACAGACACCUGGAGCACAAGGCUGCAGAGAGGGUGCUCAACCCCGGACGUUUUAAAUUGAAGCCUGAUCCGGGUGGGCCGGCAGCCAAAAAUCUUGUGCCUGGAGACUCUACAUUAAGUGAGUCUUGUAUUCUCUGAACAUGGAGUGGAGCUGCUGUUUCCUUUAAGGAGAUUAAGGUGCACCAGCCUGUCAGACGCUCCCUGGUUAACUAUUAAAGGAGCUGGAUAAAGAUAUGUGCUCUAUUGAUGCAUUGUGUAGUUCUCACAUGAUGUUUUGAUGUGCAUUUCACAGUUAUU